AUGGCGGCGGCACAACUGGUGGUUCUGGGGCUCGUCCUGCUGGGCGUCGAGAGCGGCUCCGGGGCCGGCAAUAUCUCGACUUCCAUACUUGAUGUUGGCUCCAAAACACGCCUCACCUGCACCUUGGACUCCAGUGACACUGCCAUCCUGGGCCACCGCUGGGUGAAAGGGGACAAGGUGCUGCAGGAGGACUCGGAGGCCGAUCUGACAACGCAGUUCGAGGUCGACACACUCGAAAGCCCAGGACAGUACUCCUGCACCUUCCUCUCGAAACCUACGGGCAGAACCGCCAGCGUGAAUGUGAAGGGCCCCCCCAAGAUUAAGGCUGUGAAGAAGUCCGAGCAUGCCACUGAAGGAGAGACAGUUGUGCUGGCCUGCAAGUCUGAGUCUUUCCCCCCAGUUACCCAAUGGGUGUGGUACAAGAUAAAGGGCGAUGAGAUCGAGGUUUUCAACAACGUGUCCACGAACAAGUUGGUGGUGACCUCAGAGACCAAGACGGAGUUGCACAUCCAUAAUCUAGUCCUGGAGGCAGACCCUGGCGUGUAUGCCUGCAAUGGCACCAAUACAGAGGGCACUGACCAGGCCGUCAUCACCCUGCGUGUACGCAACCGCCUCGCUGCCCUCUGGCCCUUCCUGGGUAUCGUGGCUGAGGUGCUCGUGCUUGUCACCAUCAUCUUCAUCUAUGAGAAGCGGCGGAAGCCAGACCAGGUCCUGGAUGAUGAGGACAUGGGCUCUGCUCCACUGAAGAGCAGCGGGAACAUGAAUGACAAAGACAAGAACGUUCGCCAGAGGAACGCCAACUGA